UGUAACAACAGUAUUAACUGUGUGCGUGCCAGAGGGCUGUUUCUCAUCGCAUAGCUGGACAUAUAGAGGUGGCAUUAACCCUUCACUGCCAGAGAGGGCUGCUUGUCAUCACAUUCCUGCCCAUACAGAGGUGGCAUUAACCCUUCACUGCCAGAGAGGCUGCUUGUCAUCACAUUCCUGCCCAUACAGAGGUGGCAUUAACCCUUCACUGCCAGAGAGGCUGCUUGUCAUCACAUUCCUGCAUAUACAGAGGUGACAUUAACCCUUCACUGCCAGAGAGGCUGCUUGUCAUCACAUUCCUGGAUAUACAGAGGUGACAUUAACCCUUCACUGCCAGAGAGGCUGCUUGUCAUCACAUUCCUGCCCAUACAGAGGUGGCAUUAACCCUUCACUGCCAGAGAUGCUGCUUGUCAUCACAUUCCUGCCCAUAUAGAGGUGGCAUUAACCCUUCACUGCCAGAGAGGCUGCUUGUCAUCACAUUCCUGCAUAUACAGAGGUGACAUUAACCCUUCACUGCCAGAGAGGCUGCUUGUCAUCACAUUCCUGCAUAUACAGAGGUGACAUUAACCCUUCACUGCCAGAGAGGGCUGCUUGUCAUCACAUUCCUGCAUAUACAGAGGUGACAUUAACCCUUCACUGCCAGAGAGGCUGCUUGUCAUCACAUUCCUGCAUAUACAGAGGUGACAUUAACCCUUCACUGCCAGAGAGGGCUGCUUGUCAUCACAUUCCUGCAUAUACAGAGGUGGCAUUAACCCUUCACUGCCACAGAGGCUGCUUGUCAUCACAUUCCUGCAUAUACAGAGGUGACAUUAACCCUACAUUGCGAGAGAGGGCUGCUUGUCAUUGCAUUCCUGCCCAUACACAGGUGGCAUUAACCCUUCACUGUGCGAGAGGGCUGCUUGUCAUUGCAUUCCUGCCCAUACACAGGUGGCAUUAACCCUUCACUGCGCGAGAGGGCUGCUUGUCAUCGCAUUCCUGCCCAUACACAGGUGGCAUUAACCCUUCACUGCGCGAGAGGGCUGCUUGUCAUUGCAUUCCUGCCCAUACACAGGUGGCAUUAACCCUUCACUGCGCAAGAGGGCUGCUUGUCAUUGCAUUCCUGCCCAUACACAGGUGGCAUUAACCCUUCACUGCCAGAGUGAGAGGCUGCUGAGCUGAUGUGGGAAGAAAGGAAAAGUUAUUCAUUUGCCUCCUGAGCAAUUAUUGGAAGGAUGGAGGAACAGGAAGAAGAAAAAUGUGUCCCUAAAAAACAAAGGAAAAAAGCAUCAGGGCACCAGCGAGCAAUAAAGGUGCAUCCCGUGUCAGAUACAGCCCUGAUCAACACUGCACCAGUAAAAAAGAAGAUAGCAAGAACUGCAAAGAAACAACAGGACACCAGUGCCGCUUCACAAGAAAUAUCAGCUGUGUACGAACCUUGCAAUGAUGCCACCAGGACUGAAGACACUAAGAGGAGAAGAAGCAAAGCAAAAAACCUGCAGGGCAACAAGUCACAGAGGAACAAAGUAGAAGAACCCUUAACGCAGACGCUCCCAACAAAACAGCAGUGGUGGGGACAUUCCGAGAAAUAUGUUGGCGCGCACAUGUCUAUACAAGGUGGCAUAUGGAAUGCAGUACUGGAUGCCAAACAAAUUGGGGCAAGGGCAUUUGGUCUUUUCCUCGUAUCCCAGAGGACUUGGAAAAGCAAGCCCCUAGACAAAGAGGCUGCUGAGAAGUUCAGGAAGUCCUGCAGGGAUCUGGGUUUUGAGUCCCGUUAUAUUCUUCCACAUAGCCCCUAUCUGAUGAAUCUGGGUUCUCCAAAGCCAGAGGUUUUGCAGAAGAGCCGUGAUCUGCUAGUAGAGGAGCUGUCUCGCUGCCAGAGGUUGGGCCUCACGUUGUAUAACAUACACCCGGGGUCUCAUGUGGGGGCCAUGCCUGUAGCCGACUGUCUGGAGCUCAUAGCUGAUGGCAUAAACAAUGCACACUCACAGGUACCAGGCAUCACUGUCGUUCUUGAGAAUAUGAGCUGUCAGGGCAGUACCAUUGGAGGUCGUUUUGAUGAACUGCGUGGGAUUAUAGACCAGGUCAAGGAUAAAACCCGCAUUGGUGUGUGCCUGGAUACGUGUCAUGCUUUUGCUGCAGGUCAUGACCUGUCGCAGAAGGCGGGGCUUAAAAAAAUGCUUGACCAAUUUGAUGAAGUUGUUGGACUUUCUUACUUAAAGGCAGUUCACCUGAAUGACUCUAAAGGCACAGUAGGCUGCAGGCUGGACCGCCAUGAGAACAUUGGGCGAGGCCACAUUGGAUUGGAGGGUUUCAGACAGGUGAUGAAUGAGCCCCGGUUAAACGGUAUCCCCAUGAUACUGGAGACUCCCUACAGUGCUACUGAUGAAGACUCUUCUAAAGAAAUAGCUCUUCUAUAUUCUCUGUGUGAAGAUGAGGGAGAGGCAUGAAGUGAUAUGAAAAACAGAAGAAUCCCACUGCUGACACCAAGUCUUCAUGCAGUGAAUCAAAAGCUCUGCAUUUUGCUAUAAUCUUAACCACUUGACUGCCAUGGAGGGCUGUAGCACCAUGCUUAUCAGUGUAUUGCAGUGCUCUGACAGUGACGGUUCAUAGGUGUAUUUAGCUGCAUCAGUGGUGCUAGUGGAGUUUCAGCUCUACAGCAGUAAUGAGUUAAAAAGAAACAACAACAAACUGUCAUUUAAGUUUUAAAAUGUGUUCAUCUUUUGUUUGGUUAAAAAUGUAUUUUUGUAAAAAAAAAAAAUAUAAUAAAAGACUAACACCCAGUUAUUGCUCUAAACAAGAAAAUGUUGUAGAUAACCUUAUUUUCUAUUUCUGAUACCCAAAGAAUUAUCUAUUUUUUAUGAUCCAUGGCAUGAGCUCAAACUUGCAUGAUUCAGAUUGUGCCAUUUAAUUCUAUUUUCUAAUUUACUUUGUUUUCUUGGUAUCCUUUGUUGAAAAAGAAUAUGUACAUACCCUAGACUACUGGUGAUUGGCUACUCACAUUUGUCUUUUGUCAUUGGCUCUCCAGAUGUGCUCAGCUGGCUCCUGGUAAUUAAUUGCUGUUUUGGAGAUAACUUUAACUAUGUGUUUAAUCCCUUUGCAAGGGUUAAACACAUUUAUAUACAAGAAACAGUGUAAUAAUAAAAUGCUCUAACAUAUUACAA